AAUUUCGUAACUUUGUCAUUUUCGGCCUACACAUUUUUCUCAGUUCGGAGACACUCACCAAGAAGUUGCACGGUGAUAAGCAAAUAGGGAGCAAACUUGAAUUCAGGGGGACGAAGAUGACCGGAGAAGAAAUGUCGGGGCCUCCCGGCCCAAAGGUUCUGCGUCUCCUCUAUUUCGUGGGGGCCGGAUUCAUCUGUACUGCGGCAAUCAACAAGUGGCGAGAACUGGAGCGGAAGUCUCUUCAGAAGAAACAGCAAGAGAGCAAUCUAUUGACGGAUGACGCGGCCAAUUCGGUACAAAAAGUGGUCAAAUGAUAGAUCUUGUUAUGAAAUUACAAAUUUUAUGAGCAAAAAUGGAGGUGGAGCAGAGGAGGAAUUGUAUGUUGACAUCAACUUAUACUAGGAUAUUUGAAUGCUUUAGCAUUAAUCUUUUAUGCACCGGCUUAAAUUUCUUUGUUAAGAACAGUUGCUAGGAUGCAUGCAAUUCUGGGUAGCAUGUUGUUCCAUGUAUUAGAUUCUUAAAUUUAGUUUACAUGAUGUUUUAUAUAUUAUCAUUUUGUUGUGUUUGACCUGAUUA